AGUGGACAGUCCCGUUGCUCAUCAUUUUCGUAUCUUGUUAAUGAAUCGAUAUAUAUAUACAUAUAUAUAGAUAUAAAGUUUACAGAAAGCAAUCAAUAAUUGCUAAAAAGCAAAUGUGCAACAAAAAAUAAAUUAAAUCAAUUACAGAUUAAAUUAUAGAACAUGCAAAAUAUGCAUAAAAGAGGCGUACCGCCCAGCAGAUAACAGUGUUCACGUUCGCCCGAAAAGCCACAGACGCGCGCCUUUGUUGCUCUGUCCGCGAUUGCUAGCUUCGGGCGACAUUCCCGUUUUGAGAUUUGUCGCGCGUAGCUACCCCACCCAAAAGCUACACAUACGGGCACGCACACACGUCCUACUGCCGCUUACGUGCAGCCAUGAACAACGCUCAGCCGAAAGGGGCAACGCAAGCUGCAGAGGCGCCCUUGCUACAGUUAGAGGAUGAGAUGGAUCUCAUUGGUGACUUUGUCAAGCAGCAGGCAACAACAACAGUUAGCAGUAAUCAACUGGCACCACUCCUAAACGGCUGCGAUACAGGUGGGAUCAAUAAGUUGACUACCCAAGUCGAGAUAAAUACAAUUGGCGUGCAUAGCAAGGCUACGAGCGGCAAGCGAAGGCAAAAACGAAAGCCAAAAAGAGAUCGGGAUCAAGUUCUAUUAUCAGUAGACGAUGCUGAUGCUGAUAGUGAUGAUUCUGUCGCGUAUGGUACUGAUGAUGUGGCGCCCAUUGAUGGUGCUGGCGGCGACGAUGGUGAAAACGUUGAUGUCUUUGCUGUUUGCAAAAAGCAACCGCAAAAUAGCCAGCUGUUAAUGCUGCAUGACAUCGGCGACGACGCCGAUGCCGAUGGCGACGACGAGGAAGAAGUUUUGCUGCACAAUAAUCUACCCGCCCUCCGCAAUGGCAAUGGCAAUGGCAAACGCAAACACUCCGAGGAGAGCAGCGAGAGCGUUAGCGGCAGAUCAAGCGCAACGACGCCGCAACUAGCCCCACAGCUUGUGAUUAGUCACAUUGCAACACCAGCGCGACGCGCACCAACUACAACGUCAUCGUCAGCAACAUCCCCGCUGAAAGCAACGACACGCCUGCCCCACGAGGAGGCCGACGAUAUUUGCCUAGUGCCAGAAAUCGACUUCGAGGGCAUGUCCACGGACGCAGGCAGCGAUAAUCGCGAAUCACAGCCGCUGCUUGGCGGCGGCGGCGGCGGCGGCAGUCAUGCCAGUCGCAUUAGCGAUCUACUUGGCGCUCUGGGACGCGGACAUGAUCACGUUGACCUCGUGUCAAACACAUUUGGCGACGAUCCGCUCUUCUCGGAGAUCGUGGCACAGGCUGAAUAUGCAAUCGAGAAGGGUAUUCUACCUGAGCGCAUCUACCAGGGCAGCAGUGGUUCCUAUUUCGUCAAAGAUGCCUCAAAUCAGAGAUGUCUGGCCGUCUUUAAGCCUAAGGAUGAGGAGCCAUAUGGCAGACUAAAUCCCAAAUGGACCAAGUGGAUGCACAAGCUUUGUUGUCCAUGUUGUUUCGGGCGCGCAUGUUUAAUACCAAAUCAAGGCUAUCUGUCCGAGUCUGGUGCCAGUUUGGUUGAUCGUAAGCUGAAUCUUAACGUCGUGCCCAAGACACGUGUAGUUCGACUGGUGGCCGAGAGUUUCAACUAUGCGCGCAUAGAUAGACAGAAGGCCAAGCUAAAAAAACGCAUCAAGGAGCAUUAUCCGUCGGCGCACUUCAACCGCAUGAGCCUGCCGCUAAAAACUGGCUCGUUUCAGCUUUUUGUAGAGGGCUAUAAGGAUGCCGACUAUUGGCUGCGUCGAUUUGAGCACGAGCAGCUGUCACCGGCACUGUCCAAAUCCUUUCAGCUGCAAUUUGAGCGUUUGGUUGUGCUCGACUACAUCAUUCGGAACACGGAUCGGGGCAAUGACAACUGGCUUAUUAAAUAUGUGGCGCCUAAACUUGUGGGCGAGGUAGGUGGAACUGGUGGCAAGAGCAUGGCACGAGCCAAUAAACUGGUGCCUGGCCAGACAAUAAUCGACCUUAACGAACCGCCAAUGCCGCUGGCCAAUGAUCCACAGCGCGUGACUGCUGGUGGUCAACCCGGGCCUACUUCCAUGGGCGUUAGUGAGCCUGCGAUUGGUGGGGCCAGUAGCUAUUUUAGUAGUGAUGAUGAAGUACCUAGCUCGAGUACCAAGAAGAACGCAAAUACUCCAACGGAGCCUACAUGGAAUCUAGUGGAAGCACCACAAAUUAGAAUUGCCGCCAUUGAUAAUGGCUUGGCGUUUCCCUUCAAGCAUCCGGACUCCUGGCGCGCAUACCCGUAUCACUGGGCCUGGCUACCACAGGCCAAAGUACCCUUUAGCGAUGACAUCAAAGAUCAGGUGCUGCCGCAGCUGUCCGACAUGAACUUUGUGGAAGAAAUCUGCACAGAUCUGCUGUAUUUAUUCCAACAAGACCGCGGAUUUGACAAGCGACUCUUUGAGCGGCAAAUGUCUGUUAUGCGGGGACAGAUUCUGAACCUCACGCAAGCACUGAGGGAUGGAAAAUCACCCGUGCAGUUAGUCCAAAUGCCAGCUGUUGUUGUUGAACGGUCUAGUAGCAGUCGAUUUUCUUCAUUCACGCAGCGCUUCCAAAACAAAAGUCCUUUCUUUUCUUGGUGUUAAUUGGCCGACUACAUUCUGAAUUCCUGUGUUACCCACCAAAUCAUUUGGACUGGUUCCGAAGUCAUUGUCUACUUAUGCGAUUUCUUGUUAUGAGCUAUAUAGCCAAAAGUUUUUAGUUGUAAUCUCCUUCAAUUUGGAUUUUGUUAAAUUUGUUAGUUUUGGAAAACUGUCGUUAAAAUCAAUUUCUAUUUAUUUACAUUACAUAUAUUUACAUAUUGUACAUGUUUAUAAUUAAGCAAAUUAUUAAUCCAACUGUUUGUAUAGUCAAUUGUUUAAAUUGAUAAAAAUUGAAUGAGCAGAAGUCAAAACAGUGUCCAUUCCAAAAUUCGUUACUCCAGCGCUUUCAAUAUAUAUAUAUACAUUAAUUACUUAUUUAUACCUAAACAUAUCAGUGUGAAUUGUUUACAAACCGCUUCAAA